ACACCUAUCGACAUCUACCAAUUAUUUUUGAAAGUAUAAUAUAAUUAUACUUUACGGAAUUUGAACAAAAGAUUUAAGUAAAGUUACUGACAUAAAUAAUUCAAAUUCAGUGAGAAAAUGUUCGGGAAGGCGUGUUUGUCCAUUUUCCAGCGUUUAACAAUAUCUAAUCCAAGUCAAUUACUACGAAAAAAUGCCCCCCUUGCUUGGAACAACUCUAUACAAAAUUACGCCACUAGAAAACGUUUUUACAAACGAACGGGCAUCUUACAGAGUAAUGGUAAAUUUGAAGUAACACUAGAUCAACGCAAAUUGAAAACACCAAAAGGAAAUCCCUUUAUAGUGGAUAGUGAACCACUUGCAUUAGGAGUUGCAGCAGAAUGGGAUGCCCAGAAACAGAAUAUUAAUCAAGCCUCUAUGCAUCUGAGUACACUAUGUAACACUGCUAUAGAUAAUCCAAAUAAUUUUAAUAAGUUAGAUUUGGUAAACUAUAUAACUAAUUAUAUGGACACAGACACUGUUCUAUUUCAAUCUGGAGAAGAUGAUGACCUAUAUAAAUUCCAAGUGAAAGAGUGGGAUCCAAUAAUUCAGUGGUUUUGUGACAAAUUCCAAGUGGAUAUUCAGAAAUCCAGGGAUAUUGGUGGGCCUGUUGUACCGGAAGCAACUAAAGCAUCAAUUUCGCGGUAUUUGAUGUCUCAUAACUUUGCUGCCAUUAAUGGUAAAAGAAAUUGCUGUGAUUUUUUAAAUCAGAAUAAAUUGAUGACAUGUGUAAUUUUUGUUAUAGGUUUUGUUUACGGUGUUGAUACAUUAAAAUCGGUAAUAUUAACACUCGCAGCAGUGGAGCGCUUUAUUCCAACUGAGAAAGCAGUUUUGCUCUCGCGACUUGAAGAAGAAUUUCAGUUGGGUCAUUGGGGACGAGUUGAAUGGGCGCAUGAUUUAAACCAGCAGGACUUGCAAACACGUCUAUCGGCAACCAUCCUCUUCAUCUACUUCAACACAACAUCUACAAGCGUGCGGACAAAACACCCCCAGGCGUAAUUUAUUAUCAGUUUUAUUAUUAAAAUCAAUAUAUUCAGAGA